AUGGGUGUCAUUUUGGUUUUGUUAAACUUGUUGUUGUCCACGCAACAUUCCGAACAACCAUCAACAUCACAACAUAGAUUCUUUACUCGGGAGCAAGCAAGUGAAAAUCGACAGUUGCGAUUCAUCCCUGACCUUUUCGAGCGCCUUCCGGUGGAUUCCGUCGGUGUUUCUAAGACUUGGCCGCCAUCAAUGCCAUCUGCAGAGAACAGAAAGAAAAGGACAUAUUCGUUGGUCGUCUCCUAUUAUGGUCCUACAUUUAGUGGUGGUUAUGAAUGGAACUCGAAUGUGGAGUUACCAACAGUUCGAGCGACAUUGACCACGGCCAUUGAAUCUUCUCUGGAAGAUCUUCUACGAGGUGAGCCCCACCAUCGAAUCCAUUUGCAAACAGCAGGUCGAACGGACGCUGGAGUCUCGGCCAAGGCCAAUGUAUUUAGCUUUGUGUCUCGUAGUAGUGGCAAACAACGAAACCUGUUGUUGGAAAAGGAUCUGGACGAGUUUCAAACCAACUUGAAUCAACAGUUGGCAGGCAGUCGCAUGAGGGUCCACGAGAUCCAAAGGAUCAGUCUAUGCACAAUUCAAUCUGCCAGCGUCCUCUAUUGGAGUAGCACUACUACUACUAGCAAUAUUGAAGGUAAAGAUCAUGUCCCGGGAUUCUCUAAGGCCUGGAAAGAAUCAUUGGCGGCGUGCAAAUGCCAAGACGACUAUGAUGAGGAGGAGUACCCGCACUGCCUUUUGUUUACUAUUCGAGCCAAUCGAUUUCUCAAACGCAUGAUGCGCAAGCUAAUCAAUGGACUGUUGCUGGAUCACGGAUGCAAUGCUGGCGGUCUAUUGCUGGAUGGGAAGCGUCGCUUUACAAAACGAUUGUCUUCGCUGGAUCGAUCAGGGAAUCAUCCUGCACCCUCUGAAGGCCUCUGUUUGUGGAGAGCGUGGAGUGAAUGA